ACACCUCACAACACACACACACUCUCUGCUGCUGCACACACACACUCUGAUGCUGCACACACACUUCACACACUCUCCUCUUGGCCCUGUGUGGAGGUCAGCUCCCACACCACGCUUUGCUCCAGGCUCAUUGAGGAGAACCUGAUCCAGGACUGCUGUGUACCUGUCAUCCUCACCCCAAUCUCCCCCACCUCCUCCUCCUCCUCUGCUCCUCCUGAAGCCGUGGGAACCUCCAGCUGGACGUCACAGGAGCACAUAGAAGGUACUGAUUCAGGCAUAAGUCUGAAGUCAAACACUGAACCUGAAAGCAGCACAGAGCACAGUGAAGAAGAGGAAGAGGAGAGAGGGAAAGAGGGGGAGACAGAGGAAACAAGGGAGGAGAGAGAGCUGAUGAAGAGGCGGAAAGGGAAGCAUGAAAUGGUAGUGUCAGAUGAUAAAGAUGAGGAGAAGGAUGAAGAUCAGCUGGAGGAUGCAGAGUGUAGGAAGGAUGAAGGUUUACUUAAUGAAAGUGAAGAGACAGAGGAAGAGUUGGAUGAGGAGGGAGACAAAGAGUUAGAGGAGGUGGAAGUAGAAGUAGAGGUUCAGGUUACAGUUCAGCAUCAGAGUCAAGAAAGAAGGGAGGAAGAGCAAGUGAUGAAAGAUGUGAGAGAAGGAGAGGAAGAGACACACUCCAAGGACUUUUAUUCUGAAAAUAAUAGAGAAAACACACACUCUGAGGACUCUUGUUCUGAAAGUAAUAGACAACACAAGCACUAUGAGGACUCUUAUUGUGAAAAAAAUACACAACACAAGCACUAUGAGGACUCUUGUGAAAAUAUUACACAACAAAAACUAACUGAGAACUCUUAUUCUGAAAACAACUGCCUUCAAACACUUUCUGAGGACUCUUAUUAUGAAAACAACACACCGGCGAUGGAUCCAGACUCACUUUGGUGCGAACCUGAGGAGUCUGAAAAAGGAUGGGAAAAACAAGAAGAGAAGGAGGAGGAUGAAGAGGAGAUCAGCUGUGAGGAGGUUGGUGGAGGAAGAACUGCAGAGCUUCAGACUGAAGGCCUCAGCAGACCUCCUGUCCAGUCUCAUGUCCCCCUUUCGACUGGUCCCAGUCCAACAGAACCAGAACCACAGCUGGACCAGUCAGCUACUCCCAUGGUCCCAGUACGGCUCACCCAGUCCUCCCAGUCCAGCUUCUACACAGUGCUGCGGCGCUCUGGAGCGCUCUGUCUACCAGGGACCAGAGACCGGAGCGGUCGAGCUCUGCUGACGGUCUGCACCAGGAGCUCCGUGUGGUCCAACCCAGACUGUGACGGAGCAGAGCUGCUGCACCUCCUGCUGUACUACUCCUCCACCCUCAGGAAGGAGGUGGCAGCCUUUGGUCUGACGGUUCUGGUGGACGCUCGUAGAGCUGCUGCUCCGGUCCCGGCCCUGUUCUCUGCCCUCAGGUCCCUGCAGGAAAACGUCCCCGGAUCCGUUCACUCCGUCCUCCUGCUGCUAGACAAGGACUCCUCUCUGCGUCUGGACAAACCUGCAGCCACACAGGUGGAGGUGUUGUUCUCUCUGAAGUCUCUUCACAAACAGGUGCAUCUUCAGCAGCUUCCUGAAGAGUUUGGAGGUUCAUUCAGCUUCAGUCAGAGGAGCUGGCUUUGUUUCAGAUCAAGAGUGGAGCAGCUGACCAAUCAGUGUGAAGACGUCAUCAAGCUGCUGCAGAAGACUAUCAACAUCCUGCAGAACACACCUCUACCUGCUGCAGAGGAGGAGGCCGACCUGCUGCUGUCCCGGUACCAGGCCGUGAUGCGUAGCAUCCUGGAGGACAGCCGAUUGGUGCAGCUUCAGCAGGAGGGCGGGGCCUCUCUGUCUCUGCUCCGCAGAGAGGACGGUGUCACCGUGACGUUAGACCAGCGGGCGGCGGUGGAGACGGUGUCCUCGCUCUAUGACCAGGUGGACGAGCUGCUGCACCGUCUGGUCACUCUGUCCAACUCCAGGACCCAGGAGCUGAACUUCAUCCUGGACUUCAGAGGCCUGGAGACGGGCUUCAGCGAGGUCAGUCUGAGCACGCUCAGUACACACUCACCCGUCACCCGACACCCGUCACAUUCACCCGUCACCCGACACCCGUCACCCGACACCCGUCACCCGACACCUGUCACCUGA